AUGAUAAAGCCUCUGAUCAUUGAUCGUGUAAAGCAUCGUUGUUGUGUGGUGAGGCAGCUCGACGAUUCGUCGUUACCCGCAAUUAGCGGUACUACGUACGCGGAUAAUCCGCGCUCGCACGGCGCUGCCGCACCGCGCCACACCGCACCGCCGCCCGCCCUGGGCUCGCAUACGAAUGUAGUGCGGAUUCAGCGAAUAAAUUCAUUUGUACGCAAAUUGUAUCGGCGCUUGCAAUUAAAACUUUGU